CAGUUUGAUUUUAACAAUGUUCAUUAACACACUUCAAAUUUUCGCGCUCCUCAUCUGGGCUUCGAUCUGCAAGGCAAAUGAGAGUCAUCCCUUUGACUUUUUUGAAGGAACCCUUGACGAUUUUGAUGAUUGUCUGCAAGUAAAUAAUGUUACGAUUGAGGAGUAUGAGAAGUUUGAAGAGCCUGGAAACUUGGAUAAUCUCCUGAGCGAAAAUGUGGAAUUGAAAUUCAAGUGCAAUAUAAAAUGUCAGCUGGAGAGGGAGCCUACACAAUGGCUGAAUGAUCUGGGUAAAGUUGAUCUGGUUGCAAUGAAUGCCACCAAGGAGGCUGGGAAAUCCAUUACCAAGUGCCUGGAUCAGGCCUCUGAGGAACCCUGUGCCUAUGCCUUUAAAUUGGUUAUAUGUGCUUUUAAGUCAGGACAUUCCGUUUUCCAAUACGAAUCAUAUGAUCAUAUUCUAGAGGAAACCUCUGAACUGGCAGCUGAACAACAGGCGGAGCUAGACGAAUUCGAUAUCAUAGAUGUUGUUUGAAACAUAUUUGCAUUCGCUUAUGUACUUAUAUCUAUAUGCACUUCCUAUAUUUUCCUGUACAUGCAUAAAAUUAACACUGUCGCCAUAGUCGGUCAGGGCAAUAAAUUUUAAUUAGAAAAAUAAAAAAAUUAAUUAACAAGCCCGUUGCAUUUGCGGACUGAUUAGCAUAA